UGCUCCAGGCCUAUGAACAGGGACGGGGAAUUAUGAGAAAUCACAUGAUGUUGUUGACACAGAGCCAGCGGGGAGAUAAAAGCCCUGUAGUGUUGCAAAGCUUAACAGAGCGUCUCAGAGUCAUUCAAGGGACACUUCUACAACUUUAACCAGCUAAAGGUUUAAAACGGGAAAGAAACAUUAAUAACUUCAUAUAUAAUUCCCUAAAAAGAUAAGAAAACCUGGGGGGAUUAUCUUUGAAGAAAACAAGGAUACAUUAAUCAGCGAGUCCUUCAACUUUCAAAGUGUUUUCUGUAAAAUUGAAUGUAGGAUGUCCCUGAUCCUUACAUCCUAACUCAGUAUCCAGAUAUUUUAAGAUGACAGAAGGAAAGGUAAACUAGGGGAAUUUCCUGCUUUCGGAAAACCCAGCUCUGAAGAGUGGGGGGAGGAGAUUCAGUAUAAAGAGCAACAUGUGGCUCAGAAGCACAGUGGAAAUGCUCAGCUUGUAUCCAGCAUGAGACCGUAUCCCCAGCUCGCCAUUCAGCUCGCCCUCCUGAGUCUUUACUGUCUACUGACCACAGUCCGGGAGUCAAACGGCACGUUUGUCCCAGGAAGAUGUUUGUGUCCAAAGACACAGCCACGCAUCAGGGGGCAACUAAAGGAGCUCUUAGUUGUGCCCGAAUCUGCCAGCUGUAGCAAUGUCACAGUUAUAGUGACAUUGAAGCGUAAUGAUGCAACAGUGUGCCUGGAUCCAGGAGCACCGAUGGCCAAACAACUCAUCCGCUGCUGGAAUAGAGCUCACAAAUUGGGCCGUGAUGUGAAGGUGUGUCUGAGGAGGAGGAGAGUGAAAGGCGGACGACGCCAGCAGCCCCAACAGAGGAGACGUGGCCAGAAAAAGAAUCCGCCUCUGGCCCCCAACAGUUAAGCAGACUGAAAAAAUGGCAUGAAGACUUCAUCAUGGGGAAUAUGUGUACAGACUAGUUGUUACUGCACUGUGGGCUGUUGAUAUCCGAUUCAGUUCAUCAAUACCUGUUAAAAAAAACAGCACUACCACUUUUCUUUCAACAGAUGUCAAAAGGCUCAGAUAUUAUGUUCUCUGAGUUUCGGUCUGAGGUGUAAAUAUCUUUGGAAGGCCACCAGCAAAGAGAUUGUUUGUGUCUUCUGCAAAAGAGAACUGUUGUGUCAAACACUAAGCCCUGGAGGCUUGUUAUAAACAGUGACAGGUUGUGCUUCAGAGAAUUGUUAAAUGGUCAGUAUAUUGUUCAUAUGUGGUCCUGUAUAAGCAACUGAAAAAUAUAAGACAAAUGACUGUUUUGGUAUUUAUUUUUUUAUGAAUAUAAUGUCUGAAAAAUUAUUUCCCAUACAUUUUAAAUAAAUGUAUCAGAACAAUUCUAUGGUUGUGUGAUUUUAGAUUAAAGGCUUUGAUAUCCCUUCAUAAUUAAAGGAAGGGGAGGAUGAUUCACUCCUCAGCAGAAUACAAUGGGUCAGUUAAACCUCAGCCUUAGGUAAUAAACUAAAGGCCAAGAGUCAGCAGCGGAGAAGAAGUAGACACAUUCCACUCAAAAUCACUGAAAAAGUACGUAACAGAAGUAAACUGUUUUGUUAUUAUAAUAGAACAUUGCGCUUAAAUCAGAAGAAUUUGUUUUUUGUAAAAAUAAAACAAGCAAAACAAAAACAAAGAGCAGUGAUUAGGAUUUCUAUGGACAGCAGUUGGCGCUGCACUUUAAACCCAGUACUGCUCAGGUUAAUAAGAACAUAUGAAGGGAAGUGCCUUAUGAUAGCUUAUCAUUGGGUUUAACAUAUGGCAGAGAGUUCUUGUAAAUCCUAUGACAGGAUGGUCUUUCAUAAAAUCCCAGAGUGCACAUUGCCCCCCCUCCCUGCCACUUGCACACCAACUCAAACAUAGUACUUUGUCCUUCACCCAUGUUGAUGUUGGUAGGAUAAAGUAAAUAGCAAAAGCGUGCACAAACAUGCUUAGCUUUCAUUUUGGAAAAUCACGAAUAUGUGAGAACUCUUGCGAAACUAUCAUCUCGUUCCCAUUAACUGCUUGAAAGCACAUGUUAAACUGGAAAGUGAAAGUAAACUGAAAAACAGAGCUUGCUUUGUCAAAAACAUCAAUAGUUAAGACUUCAUUCUUCAUGUUUUAUCAGUGAUCACAGUAAAGAAAUCUGUGUGAAAGUCAAAUAUCAUUUAUUACUGACCCUGUCAUGCCAUGUAGAGUAAACCUCCUUAAAAUCCAAUAAAUGAGUGUAACUAAGUCUAAGUUACCAAGUUACCAAGUCUAGUUUUUUCUAAUGAUCCGUGAUGAUUUUUAAGCUGUGUUAUUUUCUAAAAGAACUUCAAAACUGGUUCAGU